AUGGCGACCGGUGAGAGGCGAUCAAAUCUCAGGUUGCUCAGGACGUCAUUGAUUCUGGACCAAGGCGACACACGCACGACUCGCCAUGGAGACUGUCUCAGACUGUGUACUUACAACGCGAGAACAGUUUCCACAGACGCCGACCUGCAUGCCCUUCUCGGAGCUGCAGAGCGUAUCAAAUUUCACGUGAUUGCUCUGCAGGAGACCAAGUGCAGAAGGAGCGACGUACGACAGAUGAAUGACGGUACACUCGUCAUUCGUGGAGAGAAGGUUCCGUCGCGAAAUGUAGGCGGUGUUGGUUUCGUUGUGCACCCAUCUGUCGUCCAUCUCGUCGAUUCACACCAGAUCCUGUCACCUCGUCUGGCCAUUCUUCGCCUCCGCCCUCUGCGCCAAAAAUCCAUCAGUAUCAUCAACUGCUAUUCACCAACAUCAGCAGCUGAUGAUUCCGAAUUGGACGCGUUUUACGAGGAGCUGGAGGAAGUAGUCCACAACGAGAAGUCCUUUUACAAAUUCGUUUUCGGAGACUUCAACGCAAAACUAGGAAAGGCCACAGAAGAGGAAUACAGGAUUGGAAGAUUUGGACUAGGGGACCGGAAUGAAAAUGGCAAUCGUCUCGCCGGGCUGUUGUCCGCCGCUCGCCUAUUUCAUGGGAACUCUCUUUUCAUGAAAAAAGAUCAUCGUCGGUGGACAUGGGAAUCGCCCAAUGGCGCGACUCGUGCGGAGAUCGACCACAUACUCACCGACCGGAGGUGGUGUCUACUUGACGUCUCAGUAGUACCAUCCUUUUGUAGUGGUUCUGAUCACCGUCUCCUUCGUGCGAAAAUACGACUUAGCCACACGAUGGAAAAGAACAUCUGCUAUCGGCAACGAAGGAGAAAAGAAGUCGUCUACGACGAUUGCGUACUCGAGGACUCCCUGUCCCAAGGUGACUGGCACAUCGAGGAGGACCCAAACGUGGACUACGAGAUGCUGCUCAGAGGAUUACGAGCCUGUGCUGAACGUGCCUCGAAGUCGCGCACGACAAACUUGGAUCGAAUUUCGAAGACCACCAAGGAAUUGUUAGGAAGAAGAAGGGCUUUGAGGCUUGAUCCGAAUGCAUCGCACAUUGAGCGGUUAGUAGCAAACACUAGCUGCAGAAAAGCGUUGCAGGAGGAUCUUUUGAAGUACAGGCAGAAGAAGAUUCUAGAAGCAGCACAAAGAAGAACGAGUCUAAAGAAGUGCCGCAGGGACCUCCGCGAAUAUAAUAUUCCGCUAGCAACCUUGCUGAGCGAAGACGGGACUCGCACGUCUUCUCGUCGUGAGAUGGAAGUCAUUACGGAGAGGUUCUACUCGAACCUUUUCCGUUCAUCAACUCCUGUGUCAAGCCCAAUCAUCCCCACUGGCGAUGCUCCACCACGGAUUCUCCCUUCGGAAGUACGAGUCGCUAUCAAGAGCAUGAAACCUGGCACAGCCCCCGGACCUGAUUUUAUAUCAGCAGACUUUCUUCGGGCUGGUGGCCAUCCGCUUCAUGUAAUCUUAGCUGCGCACAUGACAUCCUAUCUUCAGAAAGAAAGGAUCCCAGACCAGUGGAAGACCUCGCGAACCGUUCUUAUCCAUAAGAAAGGUGACCGAGAGGACCUUCGGAACUACCGUCCGAUAUGCUUGCUGAGCGUGUUAUACAAAGUAUUCACCAAGAUCAUCCUCACACGCAUAUCUAGGACGCUGGAUGAAGCCCAGCCUCAAGAACAAGCUGGAUUCCGCCAAGGGUUCAGCUGCUUGGACCACAUCCAGACCGUGUCGAGGGUCAUAGAAGUUUGCCGGGAAUACCGCCUGCCCCUUGUUCUAACCUUCGUCGACUAUGAGAAAGCCUUUGACAGCGUAGAAACGAAUGCAAUACUGUCAGCGCUGGUCGAUCAAGGUGUGGACGCGUCGUAUGUGAGGACAUUAGCCAAUUGCUACGAACGAUGCACGACUAGGAUACAGCUUUUCCACCGCCCUCUCACCAUACCCAUUGGAAAGGGGGUACGACAAGGCGAUACUAUAUCGCCGAAGCUGUUCACGGCUGCAUUGCAAUGGAUAAUGAAAUCACUAUCCUGGGAAGAAAGGGGCAUACGUGUUGAUGGAAGAUUUCUUUCGAACCUUCGUUUCGCGGACGACAUCGUUCUCUUUUCGAGCAGUACCAAUGAAGCAGAAACGAUGCUCAACGAAUUGAAUGAAGCAGGGAAGAGAAUAGGACUACGAAUAAACAGAAAGAAGACACAGUUCAUGAAGAACGCGCACUGCGAGGACGGAGGAGUACAACUUGAAGGCUCCCAAAUCGUGGAAACUCCGUCAUAG